GUCACUGGGCGUCCGUCCGCGCAGCAUGAGGACGAGCGAGGGGACCCGGCGCGAGCGCGCCCAGGGGCCGCGGAAACUAGGGCUCUGCGUCCUCUGCGGCCUCCCCGCGGCAGGGAAGUCCACGCUCGCGCGGGCGCUCGCCCAGCGGCUCCGGCUGGAGCUGGGCUGGGCCGUGGGCGUCGUCGCCUACGAUGACGUCAUGCCGGAGGCGGUCCCGGAGGAGGCGCGCGCGCGCCCAUUGCCGGCCCCAUGGAAGCUUCUCCGGCAGGAGCUGCUGGCGUACCUGGAGUCCUUCCUGCGCGCGGUCACUGACGGGACCCCACUGGCUGCCCCGCCCCAGAGGACCGAGGCCAUGUGGGGAGACUUUGUCACUUGCUUAAAGAAUCAAGACCUGCUGCCCGCCCCGGCGCCGGACGCCCCGUCUCACUGCCCCUUCUCGCAGGCCGCGGGCUCCAGACCUUUGUUUCUGAUUUUAGACGACAACUUCUAUUACCAAAGUAUGAGAUACGAAGUCUACCAGCUGGCUCGGAAAUAUUCCUCAGGCUUCUGCCAACUCUUCCUCGAUUGCCCUCUGGACACCUGCUUGGCAAGGAACGCACAGAGAGCCCGGCCCGUGCCUGCCGAGACCCUGCGCCAGAUGGCCGGGAAGCUGGAGAGGCCGGAUCCCGAGAAGAACGCGUGGGAGCGCCACAGCCUCAGUGUCCUGAGCAUGGCGGGUGACUCCUGCGACAGCCAGGAACUCACUGACCUGCUGCGGGCCGCCCUGGAUGACCCCGUAAAGGCCACGGAGGACAACGUGGAGCAGAAGGAAGCGGACAGGAUCAUCUGCGCAGAGAACGCCUUCCACCAGGCCGACCAGAGCCUGCGGAGAGCCGUCUCGCAGACAAUGAAGGAAGCGAAAGGACGGAUAUCUCCUUGCAGCGUGAAGCUUCUAGCCCAAGACCUUAACAAGCUCAAAGCAGAGUUUCUGGAAGAUCUUCGACAAGGAAACCAGAAAGGCCCGCGCUGUGGACAAGCCACUCACCCCUCGGAGAUCAUUUCCCUUUUUCAUUGCGAGAAAAAUAACAUUGUACAGAGGUAUCUCCCAAAGAAUCAUUAAACUCCAUUUCCAAAUGUCUUGAUUUUCAGUAUUUUGCAAAAUUAAACCAAAUCUGUAUUACAGGA